AUGAAUAGCGGUAUCAUGAGAAGAUCAGGAAUGUCUAAUGAAAAACUUAUGAAAUCAAGUAGCGCUAUGAUAACUAAAUCUAAAACAAUGGCAACGCCAGCUGGAAUUAAGAUGGAUUCUAAAGGAUCAGUAAAGAAUGAAAAAGAAUAAAUUUUUGAAGAUGAAGCAGAGGAAUUUGAAGAUUUUGCCGAAGAAAAGAGUUUAGCAAGCCAUAAAAAGUAAUCAAUAUCAGGUUUAUCUUAUUGUACUAGAUCAAUUGGGGCAAGAUCAAAAGAAACAAAAGUUUCAACUGUUUCUAAUACAUUCAAUGCAAGUUAACAAACCUUAAAUCCUCAAUCAGAUAUCAUUAAAAAGGCAUAAGAAUUACCGAAUUUGAGCAGUUUAAUAAAUGAUUAAUCAUCAGUCGGAAAUUGGAAUUCAUAAAAUCUUAUUUUCAGCUACUUUUAAGAGAAUAAGGUAAGUGAAGAUUUUGAAAGAGAUAUUAAGUUGAUGAUAAAAGAUAAAAACCUUUAUCAGCAAGUGCUUUUGACUAUUUUGGCAUUAUUUGUUUUGAGAGAGAAAUUUGAUGACUAAGAGGAUGAAUGGAUUAUGAUUGCAAAGAAAGCAAAGACAUAUUUAAGAGAGUAAGGUAUUGAAAAAGUUGAUUAAUUUUACAAGAAAAUAAACAUCACUAUCAAAGAGUGA